GGCGAUUUGUUUUCCCAGCCUUGCCAAUAUAUCUUGAGCUCCAACCCAGCUGCUUCCACCAACAACCAACUUCCUCCAUCAAAUUAUUCCUCGCUCCCCAAGUCCCACCCACGACUUCGAACCCCUUCGCAACCUUGCUAACAUGGCAGAACCACCACACAAGCGCGCCCGCCGCCCAGACAGCAAGCAGAUGUGGGAUGACUCCGACCGCCGCGCGCCCAUUCAGUCCCGCGAGCGCGACGAGCCUGCGCCGAGAGAGAGGGAACGACGCGAUGAUAGGCGGGAUGAUCGGGAUAGAGAGAGGGAUCGGAAUAGGCGAUAUCGCAGUCGGAGUCCGAGAAGGGAUGAGAGGGAUAGAGACCGGAGAGGCGGUAGAGAUACGCGAGGUGGUGGAAGAGGCAGAGACGAGAGGGAUGAUGAGAGAGGUGGACGGCGGGGUGAGGAUAGAGGUGGCGGUGCAAGACGGGAUAGAGAACGAGAACGAGAUGGUGUACGAGAGAGGGAGAGGAGUAGGAGUCCGAGACGCGAGAGAGACCGAGGACGGGAUGGUGUGCGCGAGAGGGAGAGGAGUAGGAGCCCGAGACGCGAACGAGAGCUUGAGAAGUUGAAGGUAGAGGGGAAGGUGCUGGCCGAGGAAGAAUUCACGAAGAGCCGCACCGCGACGCCACCUGUGAGUUUUAAGGUUGGUGAGAAAGCCACUGGUGGAACUGGAGACCAAGGACAAGGACAGGAUCAUGAUCGGAUGGAUGUCGAAUCCGGAACGGAGAAGAAGGACAAGAGGAAGGGAAAGAAGGGCAAAGCGAAGUCUCCCCCACCGGAAGACGAUGAGGAUAUCAUGGUUGAUGAUGAUGCGCUGGCGGAUAUGCAGGCUAUGAUGGGCUUUGGGGGCUUUGGCACGACGCAUCAGCAGAAGGUCGCAGGAAAUGAGAUUUAUGCGGUCAGGAAGGAGAAGAAGACGGAGUAUCGGCAGUAUAUGAAUCGGGUUGGUGGGUUCAAUAGGCCGCUUAGUCCGACGAGGGAAUCAUGAAGUGUGGGCAUUGAGAGUUAUUGGAGACUUUGUGAAAGACCUUCUGCUGGACCUUCUCGGAGAGUUAUGUUGGUUCGAUGCGGAAUUGAGAUGAAGACCCAAGUACCAUGGGUUUCUGGUAUGUGUUCCUGGUGGACUUCUACGAAGAAUUGAAGUCUGUCCCAUGGGGACUUCGGGUCGUCACGACAUAAACAAACAUUGCCAUGCCUAUGGGCUUUUUAAGCAUAAUAAACGAGAAACGCAAUAAAACAUCCCGUCCA